GCAAGAAGCGAACGCGAUGUUCAGGAGCGGGAGGCUUCCCAGCGUUCAGACCUGAAUGCAAACAGCCACAGACAGCGUCGUCGGAAGGUCUCUUGAGUGCUUGGGCGCUGCGUCGCCAGAGGAAUGUCGCAAGUCCGCUUUGCCCCGCCCAUCCGCUAGCGGAAGUCCGCUGCCAUGGCGACGCUGCUACGCCAGGCCCUGCGCCCCCUCCGCCUGCUCCUCGGCGGUCCCCGGCCUGCUACAGAUGUGCCCUUCCGGGCCGGGAGCCAUGGCGCCGGCCUGCUAUACCCGGACCACAUACCCACCACUCCGCUGCAGAAGGCGCUGCUGGCCGCAGGCUCCGCGGGAAUGGCGCUCUACAACCCAUACCGCCACGACAUGGUAGCCGUUCUGGGCGAGACCACAGGAUGCCGCACCCUGAAGGUCCUCAGGGACCAGAUGAGGAGGGAUCCAGAGGGAGCUCAGAUCCUACAGGAACGUCCCCGGAUCUCACUGUCCACCCUUGAUCUGGGCAAGCUCCAGAGCCUGCCUGAAGGCUCCCUUGGCUGCGAGUAUCUCCGGUUCCUGGAUGUGAAUAGGGUCUCUCCAGACACCCGAGCACCCACCCGCUUCGUGGACGAUGAGGAGCUAGCAUAUGUGAUCCAGAGGUACCGGGAGGUGCACGACAUGCUCCACACCCUGCUGGGGAUGCCCACCAACAUCUUGGGAGAGAUCGUGGUGAAGUGGUUUGAGGCUGUGCAGACUGGCCUGCCCAUGUGCAUCCUGGGUGCACUCUUUGGACCAAUCCGUCUCAGUGCUCAGAGCCUGCAAGUGCUGGUCUCGGAGCUGAUCCCAUGGGCAGUUCAGAAUGGACGCAGGGCCCCAUGUGUCCUCAACCUGUACUAUGAGCGGCGCUGGGAGCAGCCCCUGAAGGCCCUGCGGGAGGAGCUGGGCAUCACGGCGCCACCUCUGCAGAUGCAGGGCCUGGCCUGGCCUAGCCUAGCCUGAGCCACUUGUACUAGGAGGGCUUGACCUGCCUUCCUCAGGGCACAGGGGCUAUUGCCACUGCCUCUGUUCCUUCUCUGAACAUUGACUUCUGGAUGUCAUUUAUCAUAAUUGUCAUAACCACUGUUGUGUGGUUUUAAGGGUCUGCAUAGGAGGGAGCAGGCAGGUCAGUGGGGCUCCCAGGGGAGCUAGGAGAGGUAUCUGUGCACAAGAAUCAGCUGUCUUAGGAUUAUGCUAGAAUGCUUACAUCCAAAGCCCCUAUUUAGGACUCCUCCCUGCCAGCCAGGGUUUUCUCUGGGUCAGGUGAGGUGUCUUCACAGGAGUGAGAGCUACAUCAAGUGCCAAAAGCUGGCAAGAGGGGGCCAGGAGGGAGGAGAGUCGGCUAUUUGAAUAAAGGCUCCCAUCAGACUAGUGUCUGCUUGUCCUCCUUGCCCCAGCGUUGCCUUGGGCCUUCCCAGCGCUGAGGGUGAAGCUCCCUCCCAACCUGAACUUCAGCUGCUUGUCCCUCUCCUCAGGUCUGAAGUAAGGCAUUUUCAGAUUGAAAUCCCUAACUAACUGAGGACCCAGGGCAAUUCCCCUCCCUCUGCAUUUGAGCCCCGCUUUUAUCAUGUCAGUAAUAGUGACAAGGCCUGCCUCCUAGGGUUUGGGGGUUUCCUGAAGUAAAGUACAAAAGAGCUGCAGAGAAAGGACCAAGGGUCCUUUUGUGUGUUUGUAUGUUUUGGUUUUUGGAUUUUUGAGACAGUCUCCCUGUGUAGCCCAGGCUGGCCUCAAAGUCUAGAUUUUCCUGACUCAGCCUUGGGAGUAGCUGAAACUAUGGGUGCACACGAUCAAGCCCAGCUACUUCCUGCCCUUGGGAAUAGCACUUUGUCCCCAGGUUAUUACAUGGUGAGUGCCUUGUCAUUCACAUGUCUGCUCAAAUGUCACCUCAGAGAGGCUUUUCCUGACCACUCCAUCUGAGGCAGCACAGAGAAGGGGCUUGGUACCUCAUUGUUAAACAAAUUGAUGUUUGGGUGCUACCUCAUUCAGUCCUCACAAUAAACCUACAAGUAGUGGCUGAUGGUAGUCUUAUCUCAAGGUGAAGACCCUGGAGACUUACUGGGAUCACACGUGGGCUGGGGGCUAAGGGAACCUAACUUGUCCUGAUUGCACAGAUCUUGAGUUCUUGGGCUCUUUAUUGCCCCUGGGAUUAGGUCCUGGGCUGGUACACACAGGCCUAGCCAGUUACUCUUCUCACCGCAGUUGUCAUCCCCCCACACACAGUGUGUCCUGAUGUGUAAGCCCUCCAGUCUCCAGUCACUUCAUAGACAUCUUCAGGCCAUGUGCUGAAUGCGGAUGCUGGAGUUCUGCAGUAAUGGGGCCAGCAGUGCUCCUGGCCUUGGAGCUAGGUAGUGAGGCCACCUAAGGGCCUUCCAUGUGCCGGCCUCAAGCUAAGAGACUGAUGUGCAUAUAUGUGUCAUGCCACAGGAGUCAGGGCUGUAAGGACAGUAUUGCCAUUCAACAGGGGCACUGUGGGGAGAGUGGUUUGCCCAAAGUCUCACUGCUGAGGUUGGGAGUGUACCCCAGCUAUGUAUCACUGGAAUGCAAAGCAGAUAAUCACAGUAAUGUGGAGUGUUACGCCACAAGUACAGCAAGCACUGGAACGAGGGAUCACCUAUUUGAGACUGGUUGUGUCCAACCAGACUAAGCAACUCCAUGUCUUCUGCUUCCCCAACUAAGGCCUGGCCAUGUCUAGUGGGUUAUCACCUUAGUUUUAAAUGUGUCACAAGUGAUUGGAAGACAGCAAGUGACUGAUCAUCACUUGCCCUCCUCCAAACUCUCACUUGUCCCCUUUGCAAAUGACCUCAACAUUUGAUUUAGAAAUAAUCACAUUUUUACCCAUGGAUCCUGGUGUGGAUAAGUCAUAGUCUCUUAUUCAUUCUCCCUUUAAGUCAUUCAGAAAACAUUUUCUGAGCAUCUUGG